CAAAACAGCUAUUCUACUGCACGUGAGCGGGCUAUGCAUUCUUCAGGCAGAUAAUUUAACUUUCAAUCAAAACAGCUUGUGCCGUGAUACACUGGACGCACUUUUAAAAAUAACUUAUUGCAAAAACUUCUGAAAAGAAAGCAACUCCAGGUUGGUCGUUUUUGCAUUAGAUGUAUGUCACUGAUUUCGUGCCUUUUGUAUACUAAAAUAAGGAGCGGCUCAAAUCCAGCUGUGGGAAUUUAACGGGAUAAAUCGAGUGGAAAAACAGGAAAAGCAGAAGAAAAAAGUUGCAUCUAUUGAUCUUUUGGCGUUCGCGCAUCGUCAUGCCGAGGUACAACUUCUUAUUAUGCUUAGUAGUGCUCAUCUCCCUGGGACAGUCAGGGAGCGAUGAGCCCAAUCUGCUGCUGCCUCCUGCCAGCGAGACGCCCACGGAUGCCGGGCUGUCCCUGCUGGACGAGGACGCCGGUUCCCACGAGUGCUCUGCUUGUGUGUGGAGGGAGCAGAGCAAAGUACUGAGACUGGAGACCAUAAAGUCCCAGAUCCUAAGCAAGCUGCGUUUGAAGCAGGCGCCCAACAUCAGCCGGGAGGUGGUCAAUCAGCUGCUGCCCAAGGCGCCUCCGCUCCAGCAACUCCUGGACCAUCACGAUUUCCAGGGAGACGCAUCGUCCCAAGAUGAGUUUAUGGAGGAGGACGAGUAUCACGCCACUACGGAGUCCGUGAUCACGAUGGCCUCAGAGCCCGAGCCCCUGGUGCAGGUGAACGGGAAACCCAACUGCUGCUUCUUCAAGUUUAGCCCCAAACUGAUGUUCACCAAGGUGCUGAAGGCCCAGCUGUGGGUGUAUCUGCGACCGCUGCAAGAGACCUCCACUGUCUACCUGCAGAUCCUGCGGCUGAAGCCCAUCACAGAGCAGGGGAGCCGCCACAUCCGCAUCCGCUCCCUGAAGAUAGAGCUCAACUCCAGGGUCGGCCACUGGCAAAGCAUUGACUUUAAGCAUGUGUUGCAGAACUGGUUCAAACAGCCCCACACCAACUGGGGAAUUGACAUCAACGCCUUUGAUGAGAGCGGCAAUGACCUGGCAGUUACCUCGCUGCGACCCGGGGAGGAGGGGCUGCAGCCGUUCCUGGAAGUGAAGGUUCUUGAGACAAGCAAACGUUCUCGGAGAAACCUCGGUUUGGACUGUGACGAGCACUCCACCGAGUCUCGCUGCUGUCGCUACCCUCUGACUGUGGACUUUGAGGCCUUUGGCUGGGACUGGAUCAUUGCCCCCAAACGGUACAAAGCCAACUACUGCUCUGGCCAGUGCGAGUACAUGUUCAUGCAAAAAUAUCCACACACCCACCUGGUGCAGCACGCCAACCCCCGAGGCUCCGCAGGGCCUUGCUGCACCCCAACUAAGAUGUCCCCCAUUAACAUGCUUUACUUCAAUGACAAGCAGCAGAUCAUUCAUGGCAAGAUCCCAGGGAUGGUGGUGGAUCGAUGUGGUUGCUCUUAGGCUGGCAGAAGAAGAUAUACGCACACACUUGUGUACAGCCCUCAUCAAACCACCCAAAACCCUUAUGGAGCUCUCCCCAAGCACCAGAACUCACUCCCCAGCACCAGAUUUAAUUUUUGCUCAGCCACAAAAGCAUCCCACUGUUUUUUGUUUUUUUCCCCCCCAUAAUUACAUUGAUUCUAACUGUAUAAAAAGUUCUGAAUGAAAUAUGAAUCAAAAGUGAACUGAGUGAUACAGUACAUUAUGAAUGAUUUGAGGAGGAUGUUCUUGUGGAGCAGCUUCAGAAAUUGGUAGUAUGUGUUAGUUUUGUGAGUUUUUUUCUCUUUUUUUUCUUAUGACAUCUUUGUGAAAUGUCCAGGUUAGUGGAAUGAGAUUAAAGGAGACAUAAGCAUAGUUCAUUAAGCAAUGUCAGUUUUUAAGAUGGUUCUGGGAAUACUUAAUUUCACAGAUACACUUACUUACGGGUUAGAUUUGAAUCACUUAAAUGUUCACAAGGGGGCAUGAUCAGAAUUCAUUUGCAAUCCAUCACUUUAACAAAAACUCUGAAAAUGUGACACACUAAUGUGCAGAACUGGUUGAGAUACUGUCCAAAUCCAAUCUUGUUUACAGAUAUUUAAAGAUGUAAAGUGCUGAGGAGGUCCAAAACCAAACUAUACUGUCUAUUAAUGUAUAACACCCCAGUGUGACAUUCUUGAGUAUCUUUGAAACCUCUUUGAUCUUUUAUUUGUAGUCUUGUAAAACUUAAAAAAGGAAAGAGAAGACGUUAUACAAACUUUAUCCCUAAAUAAAGUAGGUAUAACUGUUGCUGUCAUUCUACUAAAAUAGAUCACAUGAUUUUAGUUCAGCAUGCACACUGAAGUCUAAAAUAAAACUGAAAAGUAGAUGUUGACUCACUUAUUCUGUAUCAUUUGGGAGAGAACAAGGAUAAGUCCUGCAGGAUAACAAGAACCUGGCUGGUUUUUUUUUCUAUCCAGUUAAAUAACACAUUCAAGUUUUGCAGUAACUUUUUAAAAAGGAGACAUAAAUGCACAGUUUCACAACCCAAAGGGGCUUAGGACUAGACACAUUAAAAACAGCUAAAUCUCUAUCCUAAAAUAAACACACAAGAGUGUCAUGACGCUCACACGUUGACGAGCUGAAAGUAGCACAAAACUUGAUUAUCUCUAGAAGUUUACAUAUUUCUACUUGUUCACCUCUGUGUAAAAUAAAACAAAACAAAAAAAUAAAUAAAAAAUAAUAAUAAUAAUAAUAAUAAACACUUAAAUGAAGAAAGAGCAGUAGCUACAUUACUCCUGUCAAGCCAGUUCAUUCACUUUUUCUCAAUGAUAGUUUCAGAAAGAAAAUAAAAGAAAAUAAUGCAAAAUCAGCAGUACUGUGCUAAAUGGUAGCUUUUUUAAAUCCACAACACAUCACAGUGUGCAAAAAUGUAAAAAAAAAAAAAAAAAAAGGAAAAAGCUGAGGCUGAAGCUGAAGAUAAUGUAACUGAUGUUAGUUUAUAGAGUAUAUUUGAUUGCAUUGAAAUGCCCCCAUCCACCUCAACUGUAUUAUCUUUGUCAUAAUGGGAAAAAAAAACUAUUGUUAGUGCUGGAACACAGAGUAGAUUAGUACGCUCGAAGCUUGUCUUUGUCUCCUGGAUGUCAAAGCAAAGAUAUCCUUUUGUUAUAAACGAAAGCACUAUGCUGUUGGAUAAAGUGAGAGCCUUCUGACAUUAUAUAUAAAUGAUAUAUGUAUAUAUUAAAAAGGGGUACAAAAGCCUUUUUUGGGGCACUCUACCUUACCAACAUUAAAUUUUGCACUAUGGGAUGUACAUGGCGUGAGGAGGUAAAAGUGUUGUUUGUGUUUUACCAAGCACAAGAGAGCUUGUACAGUAUAGCAUAAAAAAGAAAAAAAAAUAUCCAAGCUUCUGGUGAUGAACAAAACUAGGAAAUCUAUCACUUCAUUUUGAUACCAUCACACUUUUCUGACUUUGUCUGAAGCGGGGGCCUGUCCAUACACCCACACACUUUGAUCCAAUGAACCUGGACGUACAGUAACAGUGGCCUGAAAGGCCUCCAUGCCUACUUUGAGUAAAUAUUCACCUGUGUAAUACAUGUCUGGAUCAAAAAAAAAAAAAAAAAAAAAAAAAACAUAGAAUGCUUUAACUGGAAAAGGCCCACCCAUCAACUUUAAUCUGUUACCAUGUUCGAGAGAUGGCAUCCUUUUGAUUUAAACAAUGUGCCGACUGUCGCACAUAGACGUGUUUUUGCCUUUGUGUGUUUUUUAAGUGAGAGCACCCAUGUAAGAAUGGGAAGAAUAUCCAGGGAUUGUUAGCCAAAGUAGAGAAUGACAUGUUGCGUGCUGUAAACCUUUCCGAUUGCAGGAAUAUGCUAGAACAUUUCAAAGGGAGGAAAAGCUGGUUUAGGGGCAGUGGUUGGAGAAAAAAAUUCAACUGGUUUGUUGUUAUUUAUUAAUAUUAAUUACAAUGCAUUUUAAAGUCUGUCUACCUCACUUACGCCUUCUAAAACCUUUGCUUUUAAAAAAAAAAACAAAAAUGUCAGCAGUUAAUCAGUGCAAGCAUUUUACUCAUAAGAGCCACCCCCAUGCCCUCCAAAAAUGUAGAUGAAAACCACAGGGUCCCCUUGCUCUCAGGUUCAGAUUGAGUUAUUGUCAGAGUGACUGAUGGUAGCGGCUCUGGUCAUGUGUGGUCAAAAGAAAUAAUUAGCUGUGCCCACAUCUGUGUCUUAACUAUGGUUAAAGCUGUUGAGAAGUUGUAUUUUAAAUUUUCGUGUUUGUAUACUGGUAUGUGUGAGAGUUUUGUUUUGUUCUGUUCUUUUUUUCAUAUAAAUAUAUGAGAGUAAGAAAUAUCUAUGUCGAUACAUACCCAAAUGUUAACUUUUAUGAUGUUUUGGACAGGUUCACCGCUUCUAACAUUUUCUGUCUUUUCCCCUGCAUCCUCUGUUCUUUGUAUAGUGAAAAAAAAGAAGAAAGAAAGAAAAAAAUCACCCCAACUUUGUAGUUGAACUGUUGUGCAUAUAAAUAACUGUAUGAUUAUUUUUGCCCUUUGUUGUUUAUUUACUGUCAUUUUUCUUUUGUACAAUAAAUCAUUUAUUUAGCUUA